AUUGCUGGGUCGCCUGGUGCGGAAUCGCAGAGGGCGGGGUCCAUUGGGUCGGGGAGGGGGCUGUUGCGCGGUGGUGGUGCUGGGAGUAUCAAGCAACGCGGGGCGAAUUCGGAUGUCGAGGAUGAGAUAUCGAUUGGGGAGAAGGGCGAGGAUGAGGUGGGGAGUGCAGGCUUGGGGGUCGGUGGUGGUGUUGUUGGAGGGCAAGGAGGGAGUGGAGGUGGAAGUACAGGGACUCAGGGUGAGGGAAGUGGAGGAGGAGGUGUUGGUGGUGGUGGUGGCAGUGGAGGAGCUGGUCGAGGUGGUAAUGGGGCACGUCCACCCUGGGAGACGUUGCUGGGACUCCCUGCUGAUGUCUGGGAGAAGUUGUUGAGUCCGUCGCGGUCGUGGCAUAAACGACGGUUCGAGGUCGGAAUCAACGACCUUGCCUUCGUCGGGUGGCCGGUGUUCGUGCGGGAGGACGGCAUGUGGAGGAAAGAGAGGCGCAAGAAGAGGAAGCCUCGUGCGACUUGGGAGGGAGGGGAGCUUGGCCAUAAUGAGAAGCCCGAGGAUGAUGACGAGGACGAUGCUCGAGGGGAGGCGGCCGCGGACCUCCUGGCGGCUUCAACAGAGACUUUGAGUCCGAAGCAGAUGACCCCCGCAGAAUCUCAGCGUGCCUCGGUAACCAGCAUCCACUCGACCAGGGCGGCAAGUGAGUCGCUGGAUGGCGAUGAUAAGGACUCCAUGACUAUGUUCAACGUGGUUUUUGUGCUGGAUCCGCCUUUAUUGGAGUAUUCCAUGCGCCUCCGGGAAAUCUACGAUAACAUCAUUAAGAAGUUCUCCAAGGCGUUGAAGUGGGAGCAAGCGCGGACGGACUACGUAUGGAGGGAAGCUCGCCAUAUCUCGCACAUCAAGGAGAAGGCGAAGGAAAAGGGAAUGUCCGUCAACAAUCUCUACUCAGACCUUGUUCACCAGUCAUCCCUGGCCAGGGCCAUCUACACCGUAUACACGAGCAUAUCAGCAUCAAAGAUUGCAUCUGUCACCCUGAGUCCGGACGUUUCCAUCUCAUUGCAAAUCCCCCCUUUGACAUCGACACCGUUCCUAGCAGGACCGACCGACAAGGCGUAUCCUGGCCUCUGGCUCACCACCGCAGACAGUGUCACGCCGGUUGAUGACCCUACUGCUGACGAGAACACUGCGCCACAUCAGGUAUUAGCCAAGCACUUCGCUUUGUUGCUGCUGGACAACGAAGCAACCAUCUUGAAGGAUGUCGAAGCUUCUGGGGGUGCUUUGGCCCCUGCGCUUGCACAUUAUAUUCGUUGCUCGAAACCUACCAAGUCAUUCGCCCAAAUAGCCGUGACCUCCGGCAUACCACUGUCCACCAUCCAAAUGCUUGCCAGCCAUUUGGUGUACUGGCGAAGAGCGCGGGCGAUCCCCCCGCUUCAUCAGAGAGACACCUAUGUUGUAUCACCAAAUUGUGAUCUGAGCAAAUUGGAAGUGGCGACAGCUGCCUACCAAGCAGCUUUCCCGACUCUGCCUAGUCUCCCUAAGAUGCUAUCGGCCAUGAGCGGAACCCCCAGACCGUACGGAAGCUUUAUCCCCAGCAAAGACCACAAAGUCACAUACUUCGCCAUAUUGGCGUGGUUGCUGCGAGGUGGCUGGGUUACCCAGCUGCGCGCGUUUGCAAGGGUCAAAGUGUCUCCGGAGAUUAAGAUGGCGGUCGAAGCAGCCAUUCGCCGGGAAGAGGUCGACAAGUAUCUGAGCAAGAGCGUCGUCAAGUCGGACGCAGACGACAUUGACGAUGAUGAUGAUGAUGAUGAUGAUGCAAACUCAUCCUCGUCAUCGUCCCUCGACAGUCAAGAUAGCGGGGAAGAGACCCCAAUGCCUGGCCGGCACAAACCAGGCAAGAAGCUAGAUUUGUCCUAUUCGUUGCUGGACCGGACAACAUCGCUGAGAACGUCUUCUCUGCUUUUAUUCCCUCAUCGCGCCUCGCCGCUCGAAUCCAGAUGGUUAGAUGAGAUCAUGUCGCGAUUCCCCGAGCGCGAUGGACCGGGUACUGGCCGGGACGGCAUCAACUGCGAUGGCCCCGACGCCGACCUAGACCUCGUGGAGCUGCACCCAUCUUUGAAGAAAUACUGGCCUCGUUUCAUCAAGUAUUUCAACGGAUAUGACGCGCUGGAGAAGAUCCCGGUCCGCGAGAACUUGAAGCGCAAGUUGGUGUGGCAGCUUCUCACGCGUCUCGGACUGGUGACAGGGCAGCAGUCGUCCGUCGAGCUGGAUCCCAGAGAGCAAGUCCUGGUCAGUGUGCGUCAUUGGUAAGGAGGAGGAAUAAGAUAAUUAUAUUGACGAUUAAUGAGCCAUAAACUGGAGGGUAAUAGUGGUAAAUCAGGAAAGAAAGGAUCAAUUGAAUAG